UUCCAAAAUCCCUCUCUACCUUAGGUGUCAGGGAUUAACGGCCUCCGCGGGACGCGGGUGCAUACAGUAUUUCGGACCAAUGCUGGGGGAUAAAUAUUGCAGAUCACCGACCAGUAUUUAAUAUAGGGAAGGUUCAGACAGCAGGAUACAGCAGAGACAGAGUCACUGCGUCUUUAGCAUUCAUCCGUCAACGUCGCUAUCGCAUCUCGUUGCAAUCAGCUUAGUGAUUACGAUUCUGACACCGAAGCGAGCCGAAAUGCCCGACUUGUAGUGACGUUCAUAAUCCCUCGUGAAGUCACAAGUUUUCAUAAUUCUUUUAACUCGUAUUCUGGUUAUAAGUCCUGUUUUUUGGGGGGGAGGGGAGCCGCAAUGAACCUGCCGACGUUCAACGACGUCGCCGGCGGGAAAGUGUCGCCGCUUUUCGUCGCAGCGGUCGUCGCAACGUCCGUCGUCGCACUGCACUGGGUGGCUAUCCGAUGGUCCAGCGCAUCCGACGGCGCAUCCGACGGCGCAUCUGGCGGCGCAGGGAGCGGCGCGAGCUGGAGCUACAACUGGUGGUUCGGGAAGCGGGUAGAAAGCGGCGAAUGCGGCGUGAGACCCGGAACCGGACGGCCGAAGAAGACCCGGAGAAGAAAGAAGCGUACGGCUGAUGAGAAAGACCCAGGAGAAGAGGAAAGCCCCUGGGAGGAAGACGACGAUGGGGACGAGGGGGGGGAGGAGGAAGGAGUGGAGGGAGGCGAGGGGGGGGAAGAGGGGGGAGAGAGGGAAGAGGGUGUCGAGCAGGGGGGGUUUUGCGACCGGAGUGGCGGUGGAGGAUUGGGGGUGGAGGAUAAGCCGCAGAGAGCGUUCCGUAGGGUUCUCGCGGAUAACUCGAGAGCUCCGUUUCUGCACUUGAAGCGAAAUGAGACGGUUGUUAACGAGGAUGAGGAGGAGAGUGAGGAUUCAGGAGAUCUGCAUCCAUUUGGCGACGAGAUUCGCCAGCUUAUCCAAACUCCGCCUCCGGCUAACCACAUGCUGCCACCUGGCACCACGCCUCCACCAAUGCUGAAUGACUCAGGGGUAUCCGAUCUCCCUUCUCAAGCUCCCUCCUCCUCAUCCUCCUCCUUCCAGUGGGUAUCCACCAGGCACCAGCUAGCAGCCCUGGCAGCACUGCUAGAGAAGCAGGACGAGUUUGCAGUGGACACCGAGCAGCACAGCCACCGGUCGUAUCUGGGGUUCACUGCCUUGAUUCAGAUUUCCACAAGGGACGGCUGGGACUUCGUCGUUGACGCCAUUGCCCUGCACGACCGCAUAGGGGACGCCCUCCGCCCCGCCUUCGCCAACCCUGCCAUCAGCAAGCUGUUCCACGGGGCGGACUCCGACGUGCUGUGGCUGCAGAGGGACUUCCACAUCUACACUGUGAACCUCUUUGACACUGCACGGCCCUACCGCUCCCUCGCGUUUCUCCUGGACCACUACUGCCACGUCAGCACUGACAAGCGGCUGCAAUUGGCCGACUGGCGCCGUCGCCCGCUGCCGCCCGCGAUGCUGCAGUAUGCGCGCAUGGACUCGCACUACCUGCCGUACAUCGCCGACCGGCUUAGGUGGGAGCUAGUACAGGCAGAUGAAGGGGUCGGCGGGAAUGCCGGGUUAGGUGGGACCACAGUAGAGAUGGUAAACGGAAGGGGAGAAACAGCAGCAGGAUCAGUAGGAGGAGGAGGGGGAGGGGGAGGAGCAGGGGGAGGAGGAAAGGGAGGGGCAGCAGCAGCAGGGGGGGGGAGCAGGAGGGGGUCUCGGGCGGGGCAUGGCAGCGGGUCAAAGUACGAGGAGGCAGUGCGGCGGUCCAACGCCUUGUGCCUGCAGCUGUAUGAGAAGCCAGGGGAGAGGGGUACGCCCGCUGAGAAGAGCACGGGAGGGGAGGCCAUGGGAGAGAGAAGAGAGCGUGGGGAGGGCUUAGGUGAAGGGCGGGGGGGAGGGGGUGCUGAGGCAGCAGCAGCUGCUGCUCUCUUUCGGCAACUUUUGGGCGUGAGUGGGUAUGUAGGAGGUGCUGUGAUUACAGGCGGAUCUUCAGGUGGAAUCUCAGGUGACUCUGCUGGUUCAGGUGCCGGAUCUGUUGCACCUGAUGCUGCCACGUCAGCAGGUCAAAAGACGGCGGAUCGCUCUCAGGUGUUACGGGAGGUGAGGGCGGUGCUCGACGUGGUAACCAGAUGGCGCGACACUGUAGCACGGGAAGAAGACGAGAGCCUGCGGUUUCUCCUUGCUGACGUGGCAGUGGUGGCCGUGGCGCUCCUACGGCCCACCACAUGUCAGGAGCUGAUUGGGUGCGUGGGGAAGGCCAUGGCAGCCGCUGCUGCUCUCAUACCUCCCUCUAUGAGAGAAGAGGGCGGCAUUCCUCGGCCUAUUCAAGAAGGGCAGAGUGGAGGGCAGAAAGGCAAGGAGAGUGGGGGGGAGAGUGGGGGGGAGAGUCUAUCUGUUGAGCUUACAGGAGGUACUUUAUCAGUAACAGCGGAGCAAGCCUCUCCACCUCACCCUCCUUCGCCUUCCCCCUCCCCUCCCCUCGUCCGUCGUUCUCCCGAGCUGGUCGCUCUGAUCAGCGCCACGUGUCGCAAUGCGAGAGGUUGUGAGGGGGUGCGAGUGGCACCUGGAACCACCGAAGGGAACAGUUUGGAAGGGAGUUCAAAUGCGACCGGUGGCAGCACUUCAGGUUCUUGGUCUGGGAGCAAGGGGGAGGAAGAACUAGUGGCAGCGGUACAGGCGAGAAUCGCAGAGAUUGCGUUUCUUCUUGCUCCUGUCAUCAUUCAGGAGCGAGCACCGGCGGCUGUGCAGGAGGCGUGGCUCAUGGAAGCCGUGGCAGUCACGGCUGCUGCUGCUGUGUCAGGGAACCUCUCUGCUGCUGCUGCUUCCUCUUCGGCUCUCCGGCCUCACUUGCUGCAUGGGCCACACCAUGGUUACCAGCAACAGGGUUACCACAUGGCGAGUAACCAUGCCCAUGGGGCUGCAGAGGAUGGGGGAAGCUUGCCCUCUGACUCCUCCCACCAACACCCCCACCACACUCACCCUCACAUCCACCACUCCCACCACCACCACCACCACCCGCACCAAAACUUUCGGGUGCCCAAGCGGUGGCAGCGGGCCCGCGACCCGAACCAAGCGCGCCAAAACUUCAUAAAGAAAUUCUCGUGCCAGGGCCCCGUGUACGAGAACUGCCGCAUCUACAGCGGCGAUGGGCGCCUGCUGUGUUUCUGCGACCGGAGGAAACUGGAGUGGUACGUGGGGCGCGGGCUGGCUGAGUAUGUGACUGUAGAGAUGGUGCCCUUGCUGCAGAGUGCGGAGGAGACAGGGCUGGGGGCAGGGGUGGGGUCAGGUGAAGGGUCGGGUGCAGGGUCGGGUGCAGGGUCGGGUGCAGGGUCGGGUGCAGGGUCGGGUGCAGGGUCGGGAGUGGGAACAGGCGAAGGAUCAGGGCUGGGUUCGGGGCUUGGUGCAGAGGAGAAGGUGGGGUCUGCAAUCGGAGAAAGGGCGGGAGGAACAGCUGCUGCUGCUGCCGUUGCUACAGAUGCUGAGGAUGCCUCUGAUGCACUCAGUGCUGCUGCUGCUGCUGCUGGUGCUUCUGCUACUGAUGCUGGUGCGGCUGCUGAUGCUUCUGCUGAUGCUUCUACUGCUGCUGCUGCUGCUGAUGAUGAUGCCGGUGCUGCUGCUGCCAGUGCCUCAGCAGCAAGAGGCACCUCACCUCCCUCCCUCCCCGCGAACAUCGCCACGCCCCUCUCAGUCCGCCUGCUCUUCCAGCCCAAGGGGCGGCCAGAGGACGACGAGAACCUCUUCUACAUCCAGUCCAAGUCCAACCGCUGCGUCUCCUGCGGCGAGGCCACUCACUACCUACGCUACCGCCUUGUCCCCUCCUGCUACCGCCACGCCUUCCCCGAGCAUCUUAAGUCGCACCGGAGCCAUGACAUUGUGCUGCUGUGCGUUGAUUGCCAUGACGUGGCGCAUCGUGCGGCUGAGAUUCACAAGAGGGAGGUGGCGAGGCUGUUCGGGGUGCCGCUGCUGCUGUCGCCGCUGGACCGUAGGCUCGGGGGAGGGUCGGAUGGGAGGGACGGGGAAGUGAAUGGGGAGGGAGAGGAGGGUGGGGAGGUGGGGGAGGAGGAGGAGGUGAAGGAGGAGGGAAGAGAGGGCGAAAGUGGCGGUGAGGGUAUUGCUGAAGCUGAUGCAAAAGAAGGACAUCUAGGAGGGAGGAAGGGUGGAAGUAGAGGGUGCAGGGAUGCCAGAGUGGAGGCGGCAUUUCUGCUGAAUGAGGCUGGCAGGUCAGCAGUAGCAGUUUUACGCCACGGGGCGUCGCUGCCCGAGGGCAGGCUCUGCGAGCUGCUGCUGCCCGUCUGGAAAGUUUUGAAGCAGGCAGCGGGCAGCCCGGUGAAGAUCGAGGAGCUGGAGAUGGUGGCGCAGGCAGGGAGGGGGUGCAAGGUGCGGGCAGGGAAAAGAAAAGGACUGGUUGUUGUGGGGAAUAGAGAGGCUUUGGGGAAGGCUCUUGCUGGGCUGGGGAGGGAUGGGGGGAAAGAUCGAGUGGAAGGGCAGGUGUUAGGUGGUUCAAGAGGGGGUGAAGGAGCGGCUGAUGUAGCAAGCGAGGGAUUGAGUGUGGGAGUGAGUGAGGGAGUGAAUGAGGGAGUGAGUGGGGGAGUGGGCGAGGGAUUAGGUGAGGGAUUAGGUGAUAAAUCUGCUGAACCCCAAGAGAUGAGUGACCCUGGACAGACAGGAGCAGCGCUCAGCUCAUUAGCCCUCGAACCAACUCCAACAAUCGAACCAGUCCCUCUAAGAGGCCACUGGGAGCACGGGUCACAGGUGGUGGCGCUACUGCUGGCAGGCGGGGGCGAGGCGGGGAUUCGGGAGUUCACCCAGCAGUGGCGCGAGGUGUUUGUAGCGGCGCUACAGCCGCGGUUCCUGCCGCCCGGGUGGGACGUGCAGCACCUGGGAAGACGGCAGUUUGGGGAGUUUUCGGUGUAUAACCCGCAGAGGAGGAGGUAUGUGCCGGGGGAGGGAGAUGAGGGAGGAGGGGAGGAAGGAGAGGAGGGAGGAGGGGAGGGAGGAGGGGAGGGAGAUGAGGGAGUGGCAAGGGGAGAAGCAAGUGCGGAGGAGGAUGUGGUAAACGAUGCGACUUGAGGUGCUUUGGGUCCGUGCUUGUGGCAGCGGCCUCUCACCCACGCUGCAGCAGUGGCGUGAGGCGUUUGUAGCGGCGUUACAGUCGCGGUUCUUGCCGCUUGGAUGGGAUGUGCAGCAUCUAGGGAGGAUGUGGUCUGGGCUGGGGAGUUUUCGGUGUAAAGAGCGCAAAGGAGGUAGUAUGCAAGUGGGGAGGGAGAUGAGGGGGUGGAGUGUAGGGGAGAGGUUUUGAGGUACAUGAAAACAGAUUUUGACUUACAAUCUGCAGAGGAGAUGUGGGACGUUGGAGAGGGGGUAGAAGAGUGGAGUGAGCAGGGACAAAGAAAUCUGGAUGUUACUUCAGUACCGUAUUAGCCCGGAUAGAAGACCCCCUAGUAAUAGAAGACCCUGGGUCUUAGAGCGUGUUCCUACCAGCCUCUUCCCAAGCAACCUCUUCCCAGACUCGCGUGCUACAGUGUCGCAAAUUUUGACGCAAAAUGUUUCAGUGGAAUUUGGCGAAGUGCCAAGUGAGAUUCGGCUUCCCGAGAUUCAGGGGCGUGUUUUAAAACCUCUUUUCAGACGAGCAGAUUUUCAAACAGGCGUGAAUCUGCACAGUAGAAUUUCAAUGCCAGUUGGUUUUAUGUGGUUGAGAGCGAUGGAACGCAAAUAUGAAACGGGAGCAUUCCGAAAAGUGAUCAUGGGAACACGCUCUCAAGGUCGCGCGUGAGUCUGGGAAGAGGUUGCCUGGGUAGAGGCUCGUAGGAACACGCUCUUAUAGUAGGUGUCUAUCUUGUAUUAUGGCAUUCCGUUUAUAAGACCCUCACUGGGCGGUAUGAGAUAAGACUCCCCCCCCCAUUU